UAGGUUCAACCAAUCAGAAGCGACGGUGAUGCUCAGCAGCUCUAUAAAUCCAACGUGAAAGCCGUGAGCGAAGUAGGAAUGAACAACAAUAGAUCCCUCCAGAUCGACCAAACACCUAAGGGCUCGUUUCAACUUUUGAUAUUUUUCUACACUUAACAUAAGGUUCUGGGGUCAGGAAAAUGGCCACUUCAGCCAGUUCAAAGUUGAACAAAGCUGUUAAGCAGCAAUACAUGGCUCUCCCCCAAGGGGACAUGGUUCAAGCCAUGUACAUUUGGAUAGAUGGUUCUGGAGAGGGACUACGCUGCAAGACUAGAACUUUGGAUUCUGAACCCAAGACAAUUGAGGAUCUUCCUGAGUGGAACUUUGACGGCUCCAGCACCUACCAGUCUGAGGGCUCCAACAGCGACAUGUUCCUCAUCCCUUCAGCCAUGUUCAGGGACCCAUUCAGAAAAGACCCCAACAAGCUGGUGCUUUGUGAAGUGCUCAAGUACAACCGCAAGCCAGCAGAGACCAACCUGCGCCACUCCUGCAAACAGAUCAUGAGCAUGGUAGAAAAUAACCACCCGUGGUUCGGUAUGGAGCAGGAGUACACCCUCCUCGGCACUGAUGGACAUCCCUUCGGCUGGCCCUCUAAUGGCUUCCCAGGUCCACAAGGGCCUUAUUAUUGCGGAGUGGGAGCAGAUAAGGCAUAUGGACGAGACAUAGUGGAAGCACACUACAGAGCCUGCCUGUAUGCUGGGGUUAAGAUCUGUGGAACCAAUGCUGAAGUCAUGCCAGCUCAGUGGGAGUUCCAGGUUGGACCUUGUGAAGGUAUCAACAUGGGGGACCAUCUGUGGAUUGCUCGCUUCAUCCUUCACAGAGUGUGUGAAGAUUUCGGUGUGGUGGCGUCCUUUGACCCAAAGCCUAUCUCAGGGAACUGGAAUGGUGCUGGCUGCCACACCAACUUCAGCACAAAGGAGAUGCGAGAUGACGGUGGACUGAAAGUCAUCGAAGAGGCGAUCGAAAGGCUGUCAAAGAGACACAGGUAUCACAUCCGGACCUACGAUCCCAGAGGCGGGUUGGACAAUGCUAGACGCCUCACGGGUCAUCACGAAACCUCGAACAUUGAUGAGUUCUCAGCCGGCGUGGCCAAUCGAGGUGCCAGCAUCCGCAUCCCUCGCUCAGUGGGGCAGGACAAGAAGGGCUACUUCGAGGACCGCCGUCCAUCUGCUAACUGUGAUCCUUAUAUUGUCACAGAGGCUCUGGUCCGCACAUGUUUACUGAAAGAAGAGGGAGAGGAGCCCACAGAUUACAGUAAAUGAACAGUCUAUGACAAAGAGUCAGUACCAGUACUGUAUUUAGCCUUGGUUCUAUUUCAAGACUCAGUGGAUUGAUCCUUAUCUUUCAGGUCUUUUAUUUGAAAGAUGAAAUAAUGUUAUUCCUAUAUUAUCUCUACAUUAAGUUACAUACACCUCUAAUGUAAACACUACUUUUCUGUCAGCAGUUCAUUCUGUUAUGGUGUCAUAGUAGCUAAUAACUUGUAUAGAAGUACAUUACUAUAAUGUGUUUAACUUGUACUAAUGAAAACUUUUAUGUGCAGCAGGAUUUUGCUGUAGAUCUUGUAAUUCUGACCCAAAGGAUCCCAAAGGCAUUUGAAUGUUUUUAGCAGGCCUCUAUCACAAUAGUGGUUUUAUCAUGUUGUAGAUAGUUGAGGUCAUCAUGUAAGCCAAUCUACUUUUGUAUGUUUGUUUUUUUUUUUUUUUUUUUUUUUAUAAUGCAUGUCUGUUUUGUCUGUUUUUUCCAUUUGUAAUUGUCACUUGCAAAAAAAUCUUUAAUAAACAGCUAACAUUUUUA